AGUUAUAAUGCAAUAUAUGUAGGCAAUGUGAUGAGGAACCAGGGCGGGGCGAGGGCGGUAAACACGAGCUGCUCCUCUCAGCUGAUCCACGUGCACCGCCACCAUGUUCUGGAGUUUGCUGCUCGAGCCUGGCAAGCGUUACACUAAGGUGGUUGACAGCCCUUUCCACAUCUCAGCUGCUGUCCUUGACACCUCCACCCAGGACCAUGGCAUUGUCAGGGUUAUUGUAGACAUUGGAGACACAGAAGCACUCAUUGCCAACCUGAGCUACAAGCAUGGCAUCCUCCAGUUCCCUCUUGACCUCCAAUUUGAUUCUGGGAGUCGCAUUUCUUUCUACACCACCGGAGCCAAGAGCAAUGUGCACCUCUCUGGCUAUGUGACGUAUGAUGAGGAGCUCUUCUCAGAGGAUGAUGAGGGGAGUAGUGAUGAGGAAGUGCCAACAUUAGUGAAUGUGUCUGCUAAGAGGAAGCCAGAAGAAAGUCCCUCGCCAGGCAACAAAAAGGCAAAACUGCAGAAAAUCACUCCAGUGACUCUUAACAACCAAGCUGUUCCAGCAGCCAAGGUGGCCCCCACUAAACCUGAGAAGAAGGCCAAUGCUGUUGUCUCGAAGGAACCUCAAACGGUGCCCUUAGAGGAAGAUGAUGAGGAUGGACUUGAUGAUAGUGAAGAAGGAGAAGAGGAAGAGGAUGAGUUAGAGGAGGAGGAAGACAUAGAUGAGGAGGAGGAGGAGGAUGAGGAUGACAUGGAGGAGGAAGAAGAGAGUGAUGAAGAUGAGACAGAAGUAAUGAUGAUAGAUGAACAGAAGAAGACAAAGAAGCCAAACAAUAUUGUUGCCAAAAAGGAAGCAUUCCCAACAAAAGAACCUGUUGCUGUUUUCAAGACGGAGAAGACUCCCAAAGGUGGAAAGACUCCUAAGGAUGCCAACACCCCCAAGACUCCCAAGAUUCCUGGUAGUAAUAGUGGAGCACCAGACAAAGGCAAGAAGACUCCCAAUAAACCUCAGGGAGCUAAUGCACCAACACAGAAUGGGAAAACUCCAAAAUCAGAGAUCCCAGCCAAGGAGCAAGCCAAGUCUCCUCAGACACCCAAAAUGGUGAAGCCAGGCGGAGUGGUGUGUGAAGACCUGGUGGUGGGGAAAGGAUCUGAGGCAAAGAGUGGCAAGAUGGUGUCUGUUUAUUACGUGGGCCGUCUGAUGUCCAACAAGAAGAUGUUCGACAAAUGUGACUCUGGCAAAGGCUUCAAGUUCCGGCUUGGGAGUGGCGAGGUCAUCAAGGGCUGGGACGUUGGAGUCAGUGGCAUGAAGAUUGGAGGCAAGAGAAAGAUUACUUGUCCUCCCCACAUGGCUUAUGGCAAGAAGGGGGCUCCUCCAGACAUCCCUGGGAAUGCAACACUCUCCUUUGUUGUAGAACUGAAGGGAAUUAGCUAAGGAUUCUAUUUUGUAUUUUGUCAUUUCUUUUGAGAAUCUACAAGCAGCUUGUCUUUGUUUUAAUAUAAUAUAAGCAAUUCACGCGGAAAGUUGUACAUUAUAUGAAGGUUACGCCAAAGUCAGAUGUUAGUACAAGUGUCUUGUGUGUGAAAGAGUAGCAAUGAAGGUUUGAACUUCCCUGGAUAAGAGUGAAUCUGUGAAAGAAAGUGUGUGGGACCAGUAAUGGAUGUUAUGGAUCAAAGUUUUAUCGUUACAAAUGAGUGUCUUGAUGAAUACAGGUUAUGUGAAAUAUUGUGUUUUUCUGAGCAUGUAAGGAAGUUGUUUAUAAUAAAAUGAAGCAAUA